AUGAAUGUGAAGGGCAUGGUUAUCGUCUUGGCUGUGAUAGUCUGUGCUAGGAUUACUGAAGGCUUUCCUAUGUUCAAAGGGGGACGUUGUCUUUGUAUAGGCCCCGGAGUAAAAGCAGUGAAAUUUACAGAAAUUGAGAAAGCCUCUGUCAUCUACCCAAGUAACAGCUGUAACAAAACUGAAGUGAUUAUUACCUUGAAAGCACAUAAAGGACAACGAUGUCUGAAUCCCAGAUCAAAGCAAGCAAGCUUUAUAAUCAAGUUGAAAGAAAGAAUUUUUUAA